AUGGAUCCACGCGAGCUCACGAUACAAACCGCCCUCCACGAAUUCAAUACAGGUGUUUUCACAUCCCUACGAGCCGCCGGUCGCGCGCACAACGUCUCCGAACGAACCCUUCGUCGCCGACGCGAUGGAAUUCUGGAUCGGCGUACUGCUCACGCUCACGAACAACGACUGUCUCCACGACAAGAGGAUUUACUUGUUCGAUGGAUACUUGAACAGGAGGCACAGGGGUUUCCUCCCUCUCACGCUCGCGCUCGUGAAAUGUCUAUUCGCGUUCUUCGUCUCAACGGCGACGAUAAACCAUUAGGCAAG